AUGGCUAGGGUUUCACCAUUUUCCUGCACAUUAUUUAUUGCAUUGGUUGCAAUAAAACUAUGCAUUAUUGCCGCUUACAAUGUUGUCGAUUUCGGGGCAAUCGGAGAUGGAAAAACGGACUCGACGUCGUCGUUUCUCAAGGCUUGGGACGAGGCAUGCAACUCGAUUGUACCGGAUGCUACGAUGGUUGUUCCACCGGGAAUAUUCUUGGUGACACAUAUAACUUUUACGGGCCCGUGCAAAAGCAAUAAUACGAACCUCAUAAUAUUUGGAACUAUUAUUGCUCCCGAUGAUUAUAAAUUCAUUGGCUCUGACAAGUUUUGGAUUGUGUUCCAUCGAGUCCACUGGCUUUCGAUCUUUGGUGGUACGCUUGAUGCUAAGGGAUCUAGUUUGUGGGCUUGCAAGAGAGCAGGAAAUAACUGUCCGUUCGGAGCAAGGCUAUGUGCUAGUCAGUGGUUUGAAAUCGAUCAAUAG